AUGCCAGCAUCAGUCACAAUGGGAUGGUACAAGGACGCUUUCGGCUAUCGCUCAGAAUCGCCACUUCCAUACAUCAAACCAGCCGCGCCAACUCGUCGAGAUCGAAUCACUGAACUCAAAUCGUCCAGUCCACUUUCAAAUAACGAGAAAGCACAUCUCAUUGAAAAGUCAUCGCUACAACAACCCAGCAAGUACACGCCGGUAGUUCUUAGGACCGAAAGCGGACAACAACCUUCAAAAAUUCGCUUAUCAGGGCUUGCGAAGAGCGAAAAGGCACAUCACAUAGAACAAGAAGCCAUCAAACUUCCGAAUGAAAACGCAUCCGUAUCCCCAGUGCUCGAAACUAAACAUCGACGUUCUAGAAGUCACAGUCGCAAUCACACGCCCGAAAGCGAACGUCGUCACCGUGUCCACCGCGAAGGCUACCACGCUGCGCGAAAAGACAGCAAGAACUCUGACGCCGUGAGGCCAGAUACUCACGUCCGCUAUGAGGAAAAACGGCAUGAAGAUCGCGAUCCUUUAAUCACCAAAACCACGCCCGCCAAAGAGUCACGUACAACAAACGAGAAACAAGGAAGAAAAGCUCAUCAUUCGAGGAGGAGGAGUCCGUAUCCGGUGAAAGAGUAA